AUGCGCCUCCUUGCCACCGACACCGGGCUCAUGUCCGAGUUCGCGGACCCGACCGAAGUCAAGUACGCCAUCCUCUCCCACGUUUGGGCCAGGAAGACGAGCGACAACGACACGUCCUACGAGCCAGAACUCACCUAUGACGACUACACCCGCCUCCGUACCGAGCAUGGUGAUGAAUCCGAUGAUCCCUUCCUCGACAAACUCCCUCCGAAAGUACGGCACUCUUGCGAGGUCGCCAAAGACCACGGCAUCUCCUUCAUCUGGAUCGACACCUGCUGCAUCAACAAGUCAAACAGCUCCGAGCUUUCGGAGGCGAUCAACUCCAUGUACCGAUGGUACGGCCUCGCGCAAGUCUGCUACGCCUAUCUCUACGACGUCGACUCCCAUGCCAGGACCAAGUUCCACGACAGCGAAUGGUUCAAACGCGGAUGGACGCUGCAAGAACUCAUUGCGCCCCCCGAGGUCCUCUUCUUCGACAGGGACUGGGAGAUUAUCGGCUCACGCUACGACCUCUCGGACGAAAUCCGGUCUAUCACCAACAUAGACCGUGCCGUCCUCCGGAAGGAGCGCCAAAUCUCCGACGUCUGCGUCGCUCAACGCAUGUCGUGGGCAGCAUCCCGGAAGACGACACGCGAGGAGGACAGAGCGUACUGCUUAAUAGGAAUCUUCGACCGCGACUACGCCUUCAUCCGGCUCCAAGAGGCCAUCCUCGCGAAGAUACCCGAUCAGAGCAUCUUGGCUUGGGGUCCGAACCAAUACGACAAGGAGCUCACACUCGACAGACCCUCUUCACGCUCUCCUCCGUCAAACGUGUCUGUCAAAAAUAGUCCUCACUCCUUCCUUCUCGCUCGAUCUCCCAAGGACUUUGCGAACUGCCACGAAACCGUCAACAUCACUUCCGACACGCUCGCCCGUGCUCUUGGCUGGCCCAAUGGCAUUCCCUACGCUCGCUUUACAGUGACCGCGAACGGAUUCAACGUCAAACUCCCUCUGAUACCCUGCUACGAUGGCUCGGGAGCUCAGCAUUGUCUCGCCAUUCUCACCUGCCAGGUGCCUCUACCGCGGAGAGACGGAAGCCGGGCUCGCCCGCAGCAAGUGGUGUGCUUGGUUCUCCGUUCGUAUGGCGAAGUGCGAUCGAGCGAGAGCACGGAGAUGUUUGUAGGACUCGUGUCCAUGGCUGACAGGUUGCAGAUCGACGCCCGGAUUCCCAUGAAAGCGGCGCUCGACAAGAUGGCGAGCUAUUUCCGCCUGGCGACGCUUCCUCUCGAAAGCCUCAAGAAGUUUCGCGAUAACGCGAAGGUCGAGUCCAUCUACAUCCACCAUCUCCUAUCCGCCGGUCACCACGACCAAGACGGCCCCGAGUCCGACCUCCUCCUCCAGGCGCUUGCGCGAGAAGGCCUGAAGGAACCCGAGUUCGAGCUGACCAAAUGGUGCGCGAAAGUUCUCACCAAGCAAGGCUUCGCCGUCAGUCCACCGCGCACUCAGACAAUCACGAUUUCCGACGUCACGUCGAGUUCGGACGAGCUCACCAUCGAGGUCACCCGCUGCGACUGCGUGGGCCAUCGGUAUUGCAUUCGUCCCCGCUCCAGCAGCAGCAACCCCGUCUCCCCGCCGCAGUACUGGUCGUGGGACAUCGCCGCGGACUACGGGGACCCCGGCUUGCGCGCGAACUCGAAGUGCUCGAGCUUCCACAUCUACUCGUGGGACAUCAAGGACGGCGUCGCGCACCGCUCGUUCAAGCCCCCGAGCCGACGGUCUGCCAACUGCGGGAUCGAGCACAUCAGCAUCCGGGUCAAGCACGUCCCGCAGCCGGAUCAUUUCGUCGUCGACCUCAAACCGACGUCGCCCGCGGAGGACUUCCCGCCGCCCCAGCCGCCGUCACCCUCAUCCUCGUCUGCCACGGAAACACCUACUCGGGCCCGCACGGCCCUUCACGUCGAGACGAAUGGGCCUCCGAGGAAGCCCGGGGGUGUCCGCUCGCACUCGUUGGCGCCCGCACCUAUGAUGAUGGCGCAGCCCUCGGGGAGUCAAUGGCAGCGGCCGAAGCAGAAACGCCAGCUCUCCGCUGCGCCAUUAUCUUCAUCUCCACACCAGCCGACGCGGCCUGCAUGGUUUUCUCAUAGUCCAGUAGCGCCGAACGAUGGCCAGCCGCUGUCUACCAUCUCCGACGAGCCCGAGCCCUUCGAUGAAUCAAGUCCUCGAACGCCUGCCACGGCGGUCAGCCCAGAUACGGGAGAGGCUAGAACGGUCUCGUGGACCCGGGGUCUGGAAGUUUCUGGUUUACCUCCGGAUCACGGAGCGCUACCUGUGGUGACCAAGCUGCCGCCGCCGCCACCGAAGAUUCGUGAGAAGAACAGCGAGCUCAAGAAGCGUCACCCUGCCAAUGAUGCUGCAAGUCGAGACCCCGAGAAGUCCUCGACUCUUCGACAUGUUCAAGAGACUGGGCCCGACGCAUCUCCCGUAAAGCAGCCCGUAGUGCCGACCAACGCAGAAAUGCACAGUUCCGCUGGUAUUAGACGGUUUGAGUGGAUGAUGGUGGCGAUGAUGCAUAGUAGUUGGAGAACAUCUGUCCUCGAUAUUUUCUCUGUCUGCUACGCUUUCUUCAACGCCAUCUCCCGCGUGUAUGCGCCCGUGGAGAUCAGUGAUUGCGGUGUCCAUGGCUGGUGGAUGAAGUCCGCCUGCCUCGGAUCCUUGGACGAGCCUCCGCCGAGCGCGUUCGCGUUCACAAAGAUCGGGGUGACGUGCUAG